CGAUGUAAAACGUCAGACAGCGCAAAAACGCUUACGCGGAGGAAAUCGCAUGUAAACAACACGGACCAAUUUUACGGAAUUUCCUUUAGUUUCGCCCAAUUUCCGGCCAACUUUGGGUUCGCAAAACAGUGUAAUCAACUACCGGGCGGGUGUGGAACCGAGAAACACCAUGAUCAAACAACCGGUCCUGGCGGAACUGCAGUACUUUGUGAACAGCGUUUCGCACCUGUACAAGGGCAUCCCGCUGAAGGAUGCCAGUGCGUUGGUGAAGUGCAGCUUGCACCUGCUGGAGGAUUUGCCCUCGACGCGGGAUGCCGUGUUCGAGUACUUUUCGCUGGUGUUUAACGGGGCCGUGAAGGUGUAUCUGGUGAAUGUGGAGAAAAACAACCAAGAUGCAUCGCAGGACGACGAUGCAAUCCAGGAGAUUCACGAAACGCUGGAGCGGUUGGUGACGAAUGGGCCUCCGGCGUGGUCGCCUCUCAUCUCCUCGUGGUGCCUGCGGUUGCUGGGUGAAAUUUGCGACAAGAACAGUCGGAGGCGUCAGCUGGACAUCCGGACGUCGUGCAACCUGUGGCUCGGAUGCAAUGCCAUCCGGUGCCUGGUGGGACUGACGGCACUCUGUUUUAGCAAACUGGACGAGCAGGAGGUGGAUGCCUGUAUCGCGGGUUUGUUGAACACAUUCGCCCAGUAUUCACCGCACUUUGAUUGGGUGGUGGCCCGGCUGGGAGGAUGCUUCCCGUCGAAGGUCAUCUCCAAGAUGUUGUACUGUGGGUUGAAGCGCUUUACCGGCGAGUACGAUCAGGUCGAUUCCGAGGUGGAAGUUUUGAGCUACCUGGCUGCGGCAAAUGAGAAUGAUUUACGCCAGUCUUUGAAAGAGAUCUGCGAGAAGGAAACGAUGAACAAGCUGGUAGUGCCGUACUUGUUACAUCUGUCGAAGCAUUCGGACGUGCUGGCUCAGGCUUUGGCAAUGGUGUUUUUGAAAAACUACACGGACAGUCACCUCCAGCUGAUCAAAACCCAAAGCAAGUUUUGGCCGAACAACUACAGCAGCUCCAACGUGAUCCACAUCAUCACCGGAUUGCUGCUGAAAAUCAAAAAAUCCUCCAUCGAAGUCCUGCUGACAUUGCCCCGAAUAGCGGAGAAGUUUUCCUGGUGCCAGGAACUGCUGGAGAUGCUCUUCGUCGAGCUGGAAGCCAUCGUCCUCGAGAAACGAACCUGUCCCCUGCUGGAAGAUGCCGUCAAGGACAGCUCCAAGGAACUCCUGUGGCGAUCGUGCAUCAGCGAUUGUCCGCUGCUGCAGCAGAGUGCCGUUCGUUUGAUCCUGUUGGCCAGUUUGAAGUCGUCCUAUUCUCUGCACCAGUCGAUCGCCCAUCUGCUGGCCGCUUCGUCGGGAAGUGUCACAAAUGCCAGCAAACCUCACUUGAACGCUUUGGUUCGGCUGAUAGGCGGACCGCACGGUUCGUCGGAACUGCCGAGGAUUAAACCCGGGUUCGAGAUUGCGUUGGAGAAGAUGCUGUUGACGCCGGGUCGUAGUCGGGAGAAUUCGAAUAUUUUGCGGAAUCUGGUGGAGAUUGUGAAGCUGGAACGGGACUCGUUCAAUGUCCACCUGAAGAAGACGAAUUGCGUGCAAAUGUUGCAGGAACUGCUCGGGAAGCUGAUGGCCAUCUGGGAGAUGUUGAUGAAUCAGGAGAAGCUGCCACUGCCGCAGCAGCCGGUAGAUUCGAUGACAUCGGAUGUUGUUAAGACCGAAGCGAAAAAGGUUAAGCAUGAAGAUGGCGGGACAGAGCCGAUGGAUACUGGUGAAGGUUCAAGCACUGUCGCUCACUCUCCCAGUGCUUGCACUCGGGAGCAGAUCCACAUGAUGGCGAAGCUGAUCGAUUGCAUGGAACUUCACGCGAAAGCGUGCGUUUUGAACAUGUCGGAUACGUUGAAGUUAUCGCAGCUGACCGUGCGAUACUUCUUCUUCUGUCUGGAGCAGACGGCGAAUAGAACGAAUCUUGCUUCGGAAGACGAAGCCAACUUGUAUCGGUGUUAUCAGCUGCUAUCCAGACACAGUGCAACCCGGAAAGCAGCAAGAACUGCUGCUUUGAGGGAUAUUCUCGAAGGUGCCUUGUAUCUUCAUGGCCACCUGUUUGGUUCCCAGACGGAACAGGAUACGGUUGAUUAUGGCAAGCCUGAUGAACUGCUGAUAAAGUUGAACCAGAAGCAAGGGGUUGCAAUGAACGCUUCGAGGGCAACGGUUCUUCAUGCUGGGGUCAUUGGUCAGGGUCCAAAGCAACCCGUCAAGACAGCAGAAGGACCACAAACGCACAUGCAGGACAAGUUGGUCAGCGCAAUUGUGGCGUGCUGUCAAGAUUCCGAGCACCAGAACACAAUCGACGGAUUCAGUUACGUUUCCCUGCUGCUGGUAGAAUUGGUGUCCCCAGAUGUAAUGUACAAUGGCCUGCCAUGGCCGGAGGAAGAGUUCACCAAGGUGACCAUGGAGCGAGAUCUGCAGAUUCGACGGAUGUUCCGCAACUGCCCUAUCUUGUGGUCUAUCCUGGGAUUAAUUGCUUGCUACAGACCCGCCUUGUGUUACAGUUCGGUCCUGUUGAGAGCACUCUGCGCUUCGGUUCUGCACCAAUGGCGAUCAAAGUCCGCCGAAACGAUGAACGGUCACAAAACGGAACUAAUGUUUGUGACGACAAAACUGUUGGAAUUGCUGGCUCUUGGACAGUUGCUUCCACCCCCGCUUAGCUAUCUUCACAUCGUUCUACCGUACUUGGAUGCUAAUGAGGUCAUCUACGUCCUCAAGGAGUGCGUCUGGAACUACAUGAAGGACCACGUCCCCUCGCCCGUACUGUUCGUGUGCGACCCGACCAGCUUCCACUGGCGAGACCCGCAAACAUCCCGUCCCCCACCGCAGUACACGAACCCGCUGCGGAACACCAUGCAGAAAAAGCUUCCGAAAAUCGGUCACCUCUACCAUCAGAUGUUUGUGGGGCCGGAGCUGCGGAAUCCCACCGUUUCGCACGUAACCAUGGUCAACGGGCUGGGAGGACCGAACGUGGUUAACGCUGGACCCGUAGUCGCUGGAGUCGCGGCGAACGGAAAUGGAAUGAUGCCGGUCCCUAUGCCCAUGGCAGCCAACGGGAACGGAGCGAUUGGGAUGGUGAACAAUGCUGGCGGAUUGCCACCGGGGGUGAUACCGGUCGUUACGCUGGAUUAGAAGGUAAUGCUGUGACGAGAAUUUUCUCGUUGUCGUGACCGUAAGAUUGUAGAUGUAGUUAGAACACUAAUGAUUGAUGACGGUAAGUAGAAUGAUUUUUAUUUGAAAUCAAUGUUAUGAAUGAUUGAUCAACAAUGUAAGUUUUUUUUGAUACGUGA